AUGUACCGGGAGUUCAGGAUAAAGGGAGGUGUCCUCUGUGAAACCUCAAGAGGAAACAUCAUGGGAGGUCACCUUGGAACCCAAACAGGAAGUCAGUUCUCCGGGGACCUUCAACAGAAACGGAAUGCUUCUUUCAGAAUUUCGGAUAACAUCUUCUCAUCACUGCUGACAAAUCUGGCAAUAACAUCUGCCAAUCCUGCUCACAACGGCCGUGUGUGCAGCACAUGGGGCAACUUCCACUUCAAGACCUUCGACGGGGACAUAUUCACCUUCCCUGGGCUCUGUAAUUACGUUUUUGCCUCCCACUGCAACGCUGCCUACGAGGAUUUCAACAUCCAGAUUAGGCGUGAAGUGGUGGCAAACGCUCCAACAAUCAAGCACAUCACCAUGAAACUCGAAGGUGUUGUUGCCGAACUAACAAAAGAUGCUGUCAUGGUCGAUGGCAACAGAGUUCAACUGCCCUAUAGUCAAUCUGGUAUUACGAUAGAGAAGAGCAGCAUUUAUGUGAAAAUUGGCAGCAAAGUCGGUGUUGUGUUACUGUGGAAUGAGAAGGACAGCAUUCUGCUGGAAUUGAAUGAGAAAUAUGCCAACCAGACUUGUGGACUUUGUGGUGACUUCAAUGGCUUUCCCAUAUACAAUGAGUUCAUUUCUAACAAUAUUCAGAUGACAGCCUUGCAGUUUGGGAAUCUUCAGAAAAUGGAUGGGCCAACAGAACUCUGUGAAGACACCACUACUCUCCCGACAUAUAACUGCUCUGAUCUCGAUGACAUAUGCGAGAAAACAUUGACCAGCUCUGCAUUUGCAGACUGUAAUGACCUAGUUGAUGUUAAAGACUACAUUAAGGCUUGCCAAGAUGACUUGUGCCGCUCUGAAGAAUCUGAAAACAGCUCAUGCAUCUGUGACACCUUUGCUGAGUACUCCCGGCAGUGUGCUCAUGCUGGUGGGCAGCCCCUGGACUGGAGGACGUCAAAACUGUGCCCCAAGACGUGUCCUCACAACAUGCAGUACCAGGAGUGCAACUCCCCCUGUACUGAUACCUGCACGAAUCCUGAACGAUCUCUGUUUUGUGAAGAACACUGUAUUGAUGGCUGUUUCUGCCCCCCAGGGACUGUAUUUGAUGACAUCAACAAUUCUGGCUGCAUUCCCCAGCAGGAAUGCUCCUGUAUUUACAACGGCAAAACCUAUGCUACAGGAGCUUCUUUUUCAGAACCAUGCCAGACCUGUACCUGUAAUGGAGGCCAGUGGAGCUGCCAAGACAAGUCAUGCCCAGGGACGUGCUCUGUAGUGGGAGGUUCCCACAUUUCCACCUAUGAUAAGAAGCAGUAUGAUCACCACGGAGACUGCACCUACGUCCUCUCUAAGGACUGUAAAGAUGAAAAAUUUACCAUUCUGGCAGAACUGCGCAAGUGUGGCGUGACCGACACUGAGACCUGCCUGAAGUCAGUGACACUCAACAUGAAUAAAGGACAAACUAUCGUGGAGGUCAAACCUGAUGGUGGUGUGUUCAUGAACUCCAUCUAUACCCAGCUGCCCAUGUCAGCAGCUAAUGUCACCAUGUUCAGACCUUCCUCAUUCUUCAUGAUCAUGGACACAAGCUUUGGCAUGCAGGUUGAAGUGCAGUUCACACCCGUGAUGCAAGUGUUUGUGCGUCUGGAUGCUUCUUUCAAAAACCAGACUUGUGGUCUCUGUGGAAAUUUCAAUAACAUCCAAACUGAUGACUUCAUGGUCAUAAGUGGAAUAAUUGAAGGAACAGCAUCAGCGUUUGCUAAUACAUGGAAAACUCAGGCUUCAUGCCCUAAUAUCCAGCAGAGUUUUGAGAAUCCUUGUGCACUCAGCAUUGAUAAUGAAAAAUACGCCCAGCAUUGGUGUGGACUGCUCACUAACAGCACAGGACCUUUUGCUGAUUGCCACUAUGCAGUGAAUCCCACUGUUUACCACACGAACUGCAUGUUUGACACGUGUAACUGUGAAAAUAGUGAGGACUGUCUGUGUGCAGCUCUGUCUGCCUAUGUGAGAGCUUGUGCUGCAAAAGGAAUCCAGCUGCAGGGAUGGAGGACUGAUGUCUGCACCAAAUACACCACCUCAUGUCCCAAAUCCCUGAGCUACAGCUACACCAUCUCUUCCUGCCAACCCACCUGCCGCUCUCUGAGUGAGCCUGAUGUCACAUGCAACAUUAAGUUCGUCCCAGUUGACGGCUGCACCUGCGUAAAUGGAACCUACAUGGAUGACAGUGGCAAAUGUGUGCCUGCUAAUGAAUGCCCCUGCUACUACAAAGGAUCUCCUAUACCAUCUGGAGAAGUGGUCAAUGAAAAUGGGCGUGUAUGCACUUGUGUCCAGGGAAGACUGAAUUGCAUUGGAUCAUCAAAUCCAACUUCAGUCUGUGAAUCUCCCAUGGUCUACUUUGACUGUGAAAACAACACGGCAGGAACAACUGGAGCAGAAUGCCAAAAAAGUUGCCAGACUCUGGAUAUGCAUUGUUAUAGCUCACAAUGUACAUCUGGCUGCAUAUGCCCAGAUGGGCUUGUGUCAGAUGGGAAUGGUGGUUGUAUUCCUGAAGAGGAAUGUCCAUGUAUUCACAAUGAAGCCAUGUAUCAGCCUGGGGAAAAGAUCAACUUUGACUGCAACACCUGUGUAUGCAAGAAUAGGAAGUGGGAAUGUACCAAAGAUCAAUGUCUGGGCACUUGUGCUGUUUAUGGAGAUGGUCAUUAUAAAACCUUUGAUGACAAAAGUUUCAUCUUCAAUGGAAACUGUGAAUACACACUAGUCCAGGACCACUGUGGGAAUAGUGGCACAGUCAAUGGGACCUUCAGGGUUGCCACUGAAAAUGUUCCCUGUGGCAACACUGGGACAACUUGCUCAAAGUCUAUCAAAGUUUUCUUAGAGAGCUAUGAACUGAUCCUUGGUGAAGAGCGUGUCAGUGUCAUAAAGAGAGGGCAGAGUGACGAGGUGCCAUACACAGUCCGCUCUAUGGGGAUGUACCUGGUAAUUGAGACCAAAAGUGGACUGAUCCUCAUGUGGGACAAGAAAACCAGCAUCUUCAUCAAGCUCAGCCCUGGUUUCAAGGGCCAGGUCUGUGGUCUCUGUGGAAAUUAUGAUGGCAACAGCAUCAAUGACUUUACUACGAGGAGUCAGUCUGUAGUAGAGAAUGUCCUAGAGUUUGGAAACAGCUGGAAAGUAUCCUCUACAUGCCCUGAUGCUGCCAGUGUCAGGGACCCGUGUUCUACCAACCCUUAUCGGAAGUCCUGGUCGGAGAAGCAGUGUAGCAUCAUCAACAGCAAUGUCUUUGCUGCCUGUCACUCUCAGGUUGAACCAGCAAAAUAUUACCAAGCAUGUGUGACAGAUGCUUGUGCCUGUGACAGUGGAGGAGACUGUGAUUGCUUUUGUACAGCAGUAGCUGCCUAUGCUCAAGCAUGUAGUGAAGUUGGUGUCUGCAUAGCCUGGAGAAGCCCAACAAUUUGCCCACUGUUCUGUGAUUACUACAAUCAGCAAGGAGAAUGUGAAUGGCACUAUAAGCCUUGUGGUGCUUCCUGUAUGAAGACCUGUAAGAACCCAAGUGGAAAAUGCCUCAAUGACCUGCCAGGUUUAGAAGGCUGCUACCCUAACUGCCCACCAGACAAGCCAUAUUUUCAUGAGGAUCAGAUGAAGUGUGUUAGUCUCUGUGACUGUUAUGAUGAUGAAGAUGGAAAGAUAUAUAAGCGAGAUGAAUGUAAUGUAUGUGAGUGCACAUCAGAAGGUUUACAGUGCAAGUUCGAUGAUAAAGCCUGCAACUGCAUUUAUGAAGGGAAUAGCUAUAAAUAUGGUGAACUCAUCUACAACACCACAGAUGGAACUGGAUGGUGUAUCAGUGCAACAUGCGAUGUCAAUGGAACCAUAAGCAGAAACAUCUUUAAAUGUGGCAUUUUUACAACAACCCCAUUUACAUUUUCCACAAACUUAUGUUCCCUCCUUUAAAUUACAGAAAUGACAACUGCAACACCAGUGACAACAGUAUGUGUGAAAAAUGUCUGUGUGUGGUCAGAAUGGUAUGAUUCCACUCAGCCUGAAAACAAAGAGGACAGUGGAGAUUAUGAAACAUUUCAAAAUCUCAAGGAUAAAGGAUACAGUGUGUGUACAAACCCAAGCGAUGUUCAAUGCAGAGCCAAAGAAUACCCAUAUACUGAAAUUACCAACCUUAACCAAACAAUAGAGUGUAGUCAAAGAAGAGGAUUAAUAUGCAAUAACCAAGACCAAGAAUCCAAGCAGUGCUAUAAUUAUGAAAUCAGAAUAUCAUGCUGCAGAUACAUACCAUGUUCAGAAGCACAAACUACAACACCCACAACCACAAGAGAAUUUACAACUACUGCUGAAGAAUCAACACCAUUUACACUACGGACAACAAAAAUACCAACAACACAAAAACAAGAAAGUGAGGUAACUACAACACCAUUGAGAGAACAAGAAAGAACGACUCCUCAGAGCGAAACGUCAGUAACAGAAACAUCACAAGUUUCAACAACAGGUCACCAAUUCACAACUAGUACAGCAGGAACCUCCACUGUGGUAACCCAAGCUCCAUCAUCACACAAUACCAUCUCCACUCUCCCAGAAUCAACACUACAAACAACACCUGGCACCACCAUAAUAUCUAGUACUACUGCCCUGCCAACACAAGGCACCACUGUCACUACACCCGGACCAAGAGAGACAACCCAAGCUACCACCACUGCCAGCACCUCCACAACAACCAGAGAAAUCAGCACUAUGUCUACAGAAGGAACUCUACCAACUGUACUAUCCACAGUUGCUAUUCAAACAACAUCAACAAUUGCUGCCUCCACUGCUGAAACAAAAAAAAAACCCACUACUAGCAACACACCCGCCUCCAGCACCACGGGCUCAGCCAGAGAGGAAACAACCAUCACCACUACCACCACCAGAACCUCUCCCGCUCAGACUGAAGGCACAACCACCACUACCCCACCCACAACAACAGCGCCCACGCCAGCCGCCACCACUAUCCGCAUCUCCAAUAGCACAGACAACUGCGUGGUGGAGAGCUGUGCCUGGACAGUCUGGUUCAACGUGGACUCCCCUACUGCAGGCAGUGAAAAUGGAGAUUUAGAGACAUUUGAAAACAUCAGAGCUGCUGGGUAUGAAUUCUGUGAGAAGCCACAAGACAUCCAGUGCCGAGCUAAAGACUACCCUGACUCAGUCGUGAAAACAAUGGAACAGAAAUUUGACUGCAGCCUUGAAAGGGGGCUUGUGUGCAGAAAUAAGGAUCAGACUCUCAAGUAUCCCAUGUGCUUUGACUACGAGGUCUCAGUGCUGUGCUGUGAACGAAAACUGUGCCAGACAACAGUACCAACCCCAGCAACCACUGUAGCAACACAACCUACAUUAACACCACCUGCUGACCCCAUUCUUAUACUGCGAGAAACAACAACCACCGCAGGAACAACAAGUACCCUCUCAACACAAGGCACCACCAUUGUCACCCCAAGAUACACUGAGCCUCUGAAAAUAACAACCACCAUUGGCACCUCGGCUGUCCCCAGAACCACAGCUUCAGUCAGAGAAAGCACAACCAUCAUCUCUACCACCACCAGCACCUCACCCCCUAAGACUGAAGGUACAACCACCAUCAUCCCAACAACAACAAGAGUGCCUACACCGGCCACAAACACUGCCAGCACCUCUAAGACUACCGAGAGAAGUACCACAAGAACUUCUGCAACCUCUGCUCCAGGAGAAAGCUCCACUGUGGCAACCCAGGCUCCAACAUCUCCCACAACACCCUCUGAAGUUAAAAUAACAACCAAAACAGCCUCCACAGCUCGCCCCAGCACCACGGGCUCAGCCAGAGAGGAAACAACCAUCAUCACUACCACCACCAGAACCUCUCCCGCUCAGACUGAAGGCACAACCACCACUACCCCACCCACAACAACAGCGCCCACGCCAGCCGCCACCACUAUCCGCAUCUCCAAUAGCACAGACAACUGCGUGGUGGAGAGCUGUGCCUGGACAGUCUGGUUCAACGUGGACUCCCCUACUGCAGGCAGUGAAAAUGGAGAUUUAGAGACAUUUGAAAACAUCAGAGCUGCUGGGUAUGAAUUCUGUGAGAAGCCACAAGACAUCCAGUGCCGAGCUAAAGACUACCCUGACUCAAUCGUGAAAACAAUGGAACAGGUAUUUGACUGCAGCCUUGAAAGGGGGCUUGUGUGCAGAAAUAAGGAUCAGACUCUCAAGUACCCCAUGUGCUUUGACUACGAGGUCUCAGUGCUGUGCUGUGAACGAAAACCGUGCCAGACAACAGUACCAACCCCAGCAACCACUGUAAGCUCCUCCACAACACACUUCCCAGCAGAAACUACCACAGUAGCAACACAACCUGCAUCAACAACAACUGCUGUCCCCACACUUCCACUGCGAGAAAAAACCACCGCAGGAACAAGUACCCUCUCAACACAAGGCACCACCAUUGUCACCCCAAGAUACACUGAGCCUCUGAAAAUAACAACCACCAUUGGCACCACGGCUGUCCCCAGCACCACAGCUUCAGUCAGAGAAAGCACAACCAUCAUCUCUACCACCACCAGAACCUCUCCCCCUCAGACUGAAGGUACAACCACCAUCAUCCCAACAACAACAAGAGUGCCUACACCGGCCACAAGCACUGCCAGCACCUCUAAGACUACCGAGGGUAGUACCACAAGAACUUCUGCCACCUCUGCUCCAGGAGAAAGCUCCACUGUGGCAACCCAGGCUCCAAAAUCUCCCACAACAGCCUCUGAAGUUAAAAUAACAACCACAACAGGCUCCACAGCUCGCCCCAGCACCACGGGCUCAGCCAGAGAGGAAACAACCAUCACCACUACCACCACCAGCACCUCUCCCCCUCAGACUGAAGGUACAACCACCAUCAUCCCAACAACAACAAGAGUGCCUACACCGGCCACAAACACUGCCAGCACCUCUAAGACUACCGAGAGAAGUACCACAAGAACUUCUGCCACCUCUGCUCCAGGAGAAAGCUCCACUGUGGCAACCCAGGCUCCAACAUCUCCCACAACAGCCUCUGAAGUUAAAAUAACAACCACAACAGGCUCCACAGCUCGCCCCAGCACCACGGGCUCAGCCAGAGAGGAAACAACCAUCAUCACUACCACCACCAGAACCUCUCCCGCUCAGACUGAAGGCACAACCACCACUACCCCACCCACAACAACAGCGCCCACGCCAGCCGCCACCACUAUCCGCAUCUCCAAUAGCACAGACAACUGCGUGGUGGAGAGCUGUGCCUGGACAGUCUGGUUCAACGUGGACUCCCCUACUGCAGGCAGCGAAAAUGGAGAUUUAGAGACAUUUGAAAACAUCAGAGCUGCUGGGUAUGAAUUCUGUGAGAAGCCACAAGACAUCCAGUGCCGAGCUAAAGACUACCCUGACUCAAUCGUGAAAACAAUGGAACAGGUAUUUGACUGCAGCCUUGAAAGGGGGCUUGUGUGCAGAAAUAAGGAUCAAACUCUCAAGUACCCCAUGUGCUUUGACUACGAGGUCUCAGUGCUGUGCUGUGAACGAAAACCGUGCCAGACAACAGUACCAACCCCAGCAACCACUGUAAGCUCCUCCACAACACACUUCCCAGCAGAAACUACCACAGUAGCAACACAACCUGCAUCAACAACAACUGCUGUCCCCACACUUCCACUGCGAGAAACAACAACCACCGCAGGAACAACAAGUACCCUCUCAACACAAGGCACCACCAUUGUCACCCCAAGAUACACUGAGCCUCUGAAAAUAACAACCACCAUUGGCACCACGGCUGUCCCCAGCACCACAGCUUCAGUCAGAGAAAGCACAUCCAUCAUCUCUACCACCACCAGAACCUCUCCCCCUCAGACGGAAGGUACAACCACCAUCAUCCCAACAACAACAAGAGUGCCUACACCGGCCACAAGCACUGCCAGCACCUCUAAGACUACCGAGGGUAGUACCACAAGAACUUCUGCCACCUCUGCUCCAGGAGAAAGCUCCACUGUGGCAACCCAGGCUCCAAAAUCUCCCACAACAGCCUCUGAAGUUAAAAUAACAACCACAACAGGCUCCACAGCUCGCCCCAGCACCACGGGCUCAGCCAGAGAGGAAACAACCAUCACCACUACCACCACCAGCACCUCUCCCCCUCAGACUGAAGGUACAACCACCAUCAUCCCAACAACAACAAGAGUGCCUACACCGGCCACAAACACUGCCAGCACCUCUAAGACUACCGAGAGAAGUACCACAAGAACUUCUGCCACCUCUGCUCCAGGAGAAAGCUCCACUGUGGCAACCCAGGCUCCAACAUCUCCCACAACAGCCUCUGAAGUUAAAAUAACAACCACAACAGGCUCCACAGCUCGCCCCAGCACCACGGGCUCAGCCAGAGAGGAAACAACCAUCAUCACUACCACCACCAGAACCUCUCCCGCUCAGACUGAAGGCACAACCACCACUACCCCACCCACAACAACAGCGCCCACGCCAGCCGCCACCACUAUCCGCAUCUCCAAUAGCACAGACAACUGCGUGGUGGAGAGCUGUGCCUGGACAGUCUGGUUCAACGUGGACUCCCCUACUGCAGGCAGCGAAAAUGGAGAUUUAGAGACAUUUGAAAACAUCAGAGCUGCUGGGUAUGAAUUCUGUGAGAAGCCACAAGACAUCCAGUGCCGAGCUAAAGACUACCCUGACUCAAUCGUGAAAACAAUGGAACAGGUAUUUGACUGCAGCCUUGAAAGGGGGCUUGUGUGCAGAAAUAAGGAUCAGACUCUCAAGUACCCCAUGUGCUUUGACUACGAGGUCUCAGUGCUGUGCUGUGAACGAAAACCGUGCCAGACAACAGUACCAACCCCAGCAACCACUGUAGCAACACAGCCUGCAGAAACACCAACUGCUGUCCCCACACUUCCACAGCAAGAAACAACAACCACUGCAGGAACAACAAGUACCCUCUCAACACAAGGCACCACCAUUGUCACCCCAAGAUACACUGAGCCUCUGAAAAUAACAACCACCAUUGGCACCACAGCUGUCCCCAGCACCACAGCUUCAGUCAGAGAAAGCACAACCAUCAUCUCUACCACCACCAGAACCUCUCCCCCUCAGACUGAAGGUACAACCACCAUCAUCCCAACAACAACAAGAGUGCCUACACCGGCCACAAACACUGCCAGCACUUCCAGGACUACUGAGGGAAGCACCACAAGAACUUCUGCCACCUCUGCUCCAGGAGAAAGCUCCACUGUGGCAACCCAGGCUCCAACAUCUCCCACAACAGCCUCUGAAGUUAAAAUAACAACCACAACAGGCUCCACAGCUCGCCCCAGCAGCACGGGCUCAGCCAGAGAGGAAACAACCAUCACCACUACCACCACCAGAACCUCUCCCACUCAGACUGAAGGUACAACCACCAUCAUCCCAACAACAACAAGAGUGCCUACACCAGCCACAAGCACUGCCAGCACCUCCACAACCAUGAGGGAAAUCAGCACUACAUCUACAGAAAAAACUCUUCCAACUGUUUUACCCAGUGUUCCUAUUCAGACAACAUCAACAAUUAAUGCCUCCACAGAUAAAAUAAAAUUGGGAACCACUGCAGGCACCACCUUUGGCCCCAGCACUACGGGCUCAGCCAGAGAGGAAACAACCAUCAUCACUAGCACCAUCAGCCCUGCCUCCACUUCACCUGAAAUAAGAUUAAUAACCACUUCUGGCCCCUCAGCUGUGCUCACUACCACUCUUCCUCAGACUGAAAGUACCACAGGUAAAUUCUUAUAACAUUCUUUUCUCCUACUGUAGAAAAUACUGCUAUAACAGCUUUCUUCAGCACCGCUCUCAGCCCUGGUAUGUCAUUGUCUACUUUUUAAAAUUUUACAACCAUUUUUUUCUUUAGACCAACAUUCAUAUCUUUGUGGUCUGUGGCUUCUUUCUCUAAACCAGUCUGUGAUUAUAUGAAUCUACAACCAUUUAUAUUCUUUAAAACACAUAAACCAAUUUUUAAUCUGUCUCCCCCUUUGUUACUA